AUGGGGCAGCACCCACCACGCGACUGUUUCCUUGACCGGCACUCCACAUACGAGAAGUUCUCUCCCUUUGCCGACACGUUCAAGAAGCGUGUCAGCAAGAACACGUUCUUCGUGCUGGUGCGGGUGGUGGAUGAGCUCUGCCUGGUAGAGCUGACGGAGGAAAUACUCAAGCUGCUGAUGGAGCUGGUCUUCCGCCUGGUGUGCAGCGGGGAGCUCAGCCUGGCACGUGUGCUCCGGAAGAACAUCCUGGACAAGGUGGACCAGAAGAAGCUGCUCAGGUGUGCCAACUCCGACCAGCCCCUGGCAGCCCGGGGGGUGGCCGCCAGGCCAGGGACGCUGCACGACUUUCACAGCCAUGAAAUAGCUGAACAGCUGACACUGCUGGACGCUGAACUCUUUUAUAAAAUCGAGAUUCCUGAGGUUUUGCUUUGGGCAAAAGAGCAGAAUGAGGAGAAGAGCCCCAACUUGACCCAGUUCACAGAGCACUUCAACAACAUGUCCUACUGGGUCCGGUCAAUAAUCAUGUUACAGGAAAAGGCCCAGGACAGGGAACGGCUGCUCUUGAAGUUCAUCAAGAUCAUGAAGCACUUACGAAAGCUAAACAACUUCAACUCCUACUUGGCCAUCCUCUCGGCGCUGGACUCGGCACCUAUCCGCAGGCUGGAGUGGCAAAAGCAGACCUCGGAGGGCCUGGCUGAGUACUGCACGCUGAUUGACAGCUCGUCCUCCUUCCGAGCCUACCGGGCCGCCCUCUCCGAGGUGGAGCCUCCGUGCAUCCCGUACCUGGGGCUGAUCCUGCAGGACCUGACCUUCGUCCACCUGGGAAACCCCGACUACAUUGACGGGAAAGUGAACUUCUCCAAGCGGUGGCAGCAGUUCAACAUCCUCGACAGCAUGCGGUGCUUCCAGCAGGCGCAUUAUGACAUCCGGAGAAACGAUGACAUCAUUAACUUCUUCAACGACUUCAGCGACCACCUGGCUGAGGAGGCCCUAUGGGAACUCUCUCUGAAAAUUAAGCCCAGGAACAUAACCAGGAGGAAGACAGACCGGGAAGAGAAGACCUAGGAGCAGGUGCCGGACCGAGGAGAACUCGAGAGCACAGAGGGCGGCUCCGAGCCCGGAGGGGACUCUGGACCUGCUGGGUGCACUGCAGGGUCCCGGCCUGAGAGCCAUGGGCCGGCCGGGCCUCGGCCACGCCGGGCAGGAGCCUGGAGCCUGUCGGCCGCUUCCUGCCUCGCUCCUCCCAGAGCAGAUGGGCCGCAGUGGAGCCAGCAGGCAGGUCUUGUUACGGUUUUGCAAACUGGCGGUUUGGUUUGUUUUCUGCUUUCACUUCUGUCCUCCCCCGGCCCUCCUACCCACUCCCCUCCUGCCUGGGAGCAGCAGAGCCAGCAGCAGCAGGCCAAGGAGCCGGGAGUCUUCCUCCUCCCUCAGCUUGAGGGCCCCUGAAUCUUCAAAACGGCAGAAGAGAGCCGGCCUGAAGCUCUCUGGGCAGGCUGCCCUCCAGGCGACCCUGAGUGAGGGGCUGCCGCCCGCUGGGCAGAGGGCAGAGCAGGCCGGGACCCUUCCACGCUCCAGUUCCUGCCUCUGACCCA